CUAGCAGCUGUAAUUGCUGCUGCGGGAGAAAUUGGAGCUGCCUUCUCCGGCGCUCCCGCCCUCCCCCACUGAGCUUAGCCACCGCCUCUUCUAGCGCUCUCCUCACACACCUAUCUCCAGGAGCCGCGGCGGCAGCGGCAGCGGCAAAAGCAGCAGUCCCCAGACCCACCGCCGUUCUCCCCGGGUGGACGCUCAGCCGGUCAAUCCCGCAGCCCGGCGGCUGAGGCGGCCCCCGUGUCCCUCACGGGCUUUUCACUCCAGAUCUUCUGCUGCCUUCUCAUCCUUGCCCGGGAGCCACCUCCCCACGGGCUCGCCGGGGUGGAGGACGACCCGGAGGAGACGAGAGCCACCCUCCCUCCAGGCGGCGCCGGCCCCCUCACCCGCGGGUGUGUCUUAUAAAUGGCGUCGGAGAGCGACACGGAGGAAUUCUUUGAUGCCCCUGCCCCUGAAGAUGUGCACCUAGGGGGCGGCUACCCCGUAGGGUCUCCAGAGAAGGUUGGGCUUUCAACAUUGAAGGAAACAGAGAACCCGGCAUACAAAGUUGAAAAUGAAUCCUCUGUACAAGAAUUGAAACAAGAUGUAUCAAAAAAGAUUAUUGAAAGUAUUAUUGAGGAAUGUCAGAAAGUACUUGAAGAUGACCCUUUGGAUGCCAGAGAGAAAGAACUCUCUAAUCAGGCAAGUGAGAGCCCUAUCGUGACUGGAACAGAUCUUAGCAAUAUGCCUGGACUGUUAGCCAUAGAUCCAGCACUACAGGAAGAUUCCAAAAAAGUAGAGAGCCAGAAUACACUUGAAGAAAUGGAAUCAUGCUUUCCUUCUGAUGACACCGAUGAGAAACCAGUAGAGGAUGCCACAAAAUCAACUGAAAUAAGUUCAACUGAGCAGCUUCAUAUGCCUGAAACUGAUGCUGAAGUAUUGAACAAGGAAGUCGUGGAGGCCAAACAAAGUGAUGUUCAAGAACCUGCAUCCUCAAGUUCCUUCUCGAAUAAAGAUUUUGCUUUAGCAGAAGAAGCUGCUCCUGCCAAACCUCCAAGACAACUUACUCCAGAACCUGAUAUUGUGGCUAGUACAAAGAAGCCUGUUCCUGCACGACCACCUCCUCCAACUAAUGUCCCACCUCCUAGGCCCCCACCUCCAUCUCGACCUGUUCCACUGCCAAGGAAAAAGAAAAGUGAAUCCGAAUUUGAAGCUCUUAAAACUCCUGAUCUAGAAGUUGCCAAAGAGAACAUUAUGUCUGAUACCUUCCUAACUCCGAGCAUUGCUUCAGAGAGCACAGCCAAGGAUUCUCAGCCUUCUCUUGAUUUGGCAAGUGCUACCAGUGGAGAUAAAGUAGUUACUGCUCAGGAAAAUGGAAGAACACCUGAUGGGCAGACAAUAGCAGGUGAAGUGAUGGGCCCUCAGAGACCUAGAUCCAACUCAGGGAGAGAGCUUACUGAUGAGGAAAUUUUAGCCAGUGUCAUGAUUAAGAACCUAGAUACUGGAGAGGAAAUACCCUUGAGCCUUGCAGAAGAGAAACUGCCAACAGGUAUUAAUCCUCUCACUCUGCACAUCAUGAGGCGGACUAAAGAAUAUGUAAGUAACGAUGCAGCACAAUCAGAUGAUGAAGAGAAAUUACAGUCCCAGUCAACAGAUACCGAUGGUGGAAGGUUAAAACAAAAAACGACUCAACUAAAGAAGUUCCUAGGAAAAUCAGUCAAGAGAGCAAAGCACCUUGCUGAAGAAUAUGGUGAACGUGCUGUAAAUAAAGUGAAAAGUGUUCGAGACGAAGUGUUUCAUACUGAUCAAGAUGAUCCUUCAUCAAGUGAUGAUGAAGGAAUGCCAUACACGCGACCAGUUAAAUUCAAAGCAGCACAUGGUUUUAAAGGGCCUUAUGAUUUUGAUCAGAUCAAAGUGGUGCAAGAUCUUAGUGGUGAACAUAUGGGAGCUGUUUGGACCAUGAAAUUUUCUCACUGUGGCCGAUUACUUGCUUCAGCUGGACAAGACAAUGUAGUGAGAAUAUGGGCGUUAAAAAAUGCUUUUGACUAUUUCAACAAUAUGCGAAUGAAAUACAACACUGAAGGGCGCGUGUCUCCAUCACCGUCUCAGGAAAGUCUAAAUUCAUCAAAAUCUGAUACAGACACAGGGGUAUGCAGUGGAGCCGAUGAAGACCCUGAUGAUAAAAAUGCGCCAUUUCGACAACGCCCAUUUUGCAAAUAUAAAGGGCACACUGCUGAUCUUCUUGACCUUUCAUGGUCCAAAAACUACUUUCUGCUGUCUUCUUCGAUGGAUAAAACCGUCAGGUUGUGGCAUAUUUCCAGAAGAGAAUGUCUUUGCUGUUUUCAACAUAUAGAUUUUGUCACUGCCAUAGCUUUUCAUCCAAGAGAUGACAGGUAUUUUCUAAGUGGGUCAUUGGAUGGUAAGCUCCGCCUUUGGAAUAUACCUGACAAAAAAGUGGCUUUGUGGAAUGAAGUCGAUGGUCAAACAAAAUUGAUCACAGCCGCAAAUUUCUGUCAGAAUGGCAAAUACGCAGUUAUUGGGACAUAUGAUGGCAGAUGUAUUUUCUAUGAUACAGAGCAUUUGAAAUACCACACACAAAUACAUGUCCGGUCUACCAGAGGGCGCAACAGAGUCGGCAGAAAGAUUACUGGAAUUGAGCCUCUGCCAGGGGAGAAUAAGAUACUAGUCACUUCAAAUGACUCCAGAAUCAGGCUCUACGAUCUCCGAGAUUUGUCACUGUCCAUGAAAUACAAGGGUUAUGUCAACAGCAGCAGCCAGAUCAAAGCAAGUUUCAGCCAUGAUUUUACUUACCUCGUUAGUGGUUCAGAAGAUAAGUAUGUUUACAUCUGGAGUACUUACCAUGACCUAAGCAAGUUUACUUCUGUCAGAAGAGACCGAAAUGAUUUCUGGGAAGGUAUUAAAGUACACAGCACGUGUUUGGGAUAUGUUGAAAAGGUGGAAAGGACCAGCUCAGACAAGUCAGUAGAAAUGAGCCUCAGAGAGGAGGAAAGGUGCAACAGAGUGAAGGGAGUUACAGGAAGGAGUCCAAAUACAGAGACCAAAAAGGCCUGGAGAGAAUCCGGAGGCUCUUGGGCAUGGGGCAGUUGUGGUGGCAGGCUUCCUGUGUUCCUCAGUACCAACCAAAAGCUUUUACUUCUUUUUUUUGAAGGUGCAACAAAGGCAGACAACACAGAAGUUCUUCUCUCAGCUGACUUCACCGGAGCAAUCAAAGUGUUUAUUAAUAAAAGGAAACAUGUGUCUUAAUUUGAAACCACAUUCAAAGAAAUAUAUCAGUAAAUUUCUAUAUGUAUCAGAACUGGAAAAAAAUAAUAUUAUAAUGCUUCAGGCUGACAUCUUUUUUAGUUUUUAAUUGAAAGUUGUUCAAAUAUAAUAUAUUUUUUGGAGAGGCAAUGUUGAUGAUCUAGUAAACCCUGGGCUUCUAGGCUAGAAAAGAAGGUGACUAGAAUAACAUUGCCAAGCGUUAGACUUUAUGUGUUGUUAUGUUUGUGUUUUUAUUAUUAAUUGUGAACAUGCACAAUUUUCUGCAUGAAUAUAUAUUAAUAUAUUAAUCACAUGUGUGUGCCUUUUGGUUACAUGCACUAAAACUAACCGAGUUAAAUUAUUUCCGUGGCUCUUUCAGCUUCUUACCAGUGGGGAACGGGGAGUCUUGUUUCUAGGUUAACUUUCUUGUGCACAGAAUUUCAUUUUUUAAGAAAAGUGGUAUCUUUUGUCUGAGUUACUGUUUUUGAAAAUGUUAUCUAGAUUUUCACUAGGUCAAUAGCCAUGUGUAAAUUGUUUUUAUAAAUUUCUCAACUUGGAGGACAAGAUUUUUUUGUGGUCUAAAUUGUGGACUUGAGAGUCUUUGCUUUGUAUGUGUUUGGGUAAUUUUUUUUUUGCCACACUGGAGCACAAUGUUUCUAUGUAAAGAAUUAUUUUCAUUCUUUAUUCAUGAGCACCAGGCUUUGCUCACUUAAAAAAAAAAUGAAGCCGCAUUAAGGAGUGAGUCUUCUUUUUUACAAUAAUGUAAAAAGUAAACUGUUUACAUUUUUUAAAGCAUUGUAGUUUUAAAACUUAAGCUGUUUUUGUUUUGAGUUGUUGAAUUUGAAAGCCUUUGUAAAUAUUGAUAUAAUGUACCAAUGAAAUAACAUCUGGGGCAGCAUCCCCCUGACAAUGUUGUUGAUGGUUAGCAUAUGUUUCUGAAAAUUAAAUAUGUAUCAUUAAAAGUUGGUCACCAACACUUGUUAAA